UAUAUGCUUUAGAGAUAUAUUCAAUAGGUGGAAGGACUUUGCUAAUCCCAACUCUGUAUCUCUCUCUUAUAAUUGUUUCAAUCCCGUCUAUUUCUCCUCCCUUGCUAUCUUGUUAGACUACCUUCCAUGGAAACUUCCCAGCCUCUUUCUAUCGAGAGCUUUUCUUAUAGCUGGCUAGUAAACCUGAAACCAUCGCUUGAAAGCCUGGACAAUUCCCUUAGGGCCUCUCUUGAUGCAUCUGACGAAGCUUCUUUCAUUGAGAUGGACCCAAGAAUGCCUCCCUCUAAGAGGUUCUCUAGAAAUUCUCAGGACUUCAAAUUUGAUUUCCCCAUUUCACAGCCUCCUCUUACUGUUGUUCAUGCUGAUGAACUUUUUUCCAAUGGAUAUGUCUUGCCUCUCUUUGUUGAUCCACUGAAAAUUGAUACUUACGAGGUCUCAGAUUCAACCUCAGCCAUUCCUGCCUCUUCCCAUGCACCAAAAGUUGUGGUCUCAGCUAGGAAAACUCGUUGUCCUUCAUUGAAAAGGUGCCGGACAUUAUCAAAGCAAAUAUUUCAGAAGUAUUUCGAAUUUCUCAGGCCAUUGUAUAGAAGAAUCCGGGGUCACAGAUCAAGUUCUAGAGCUGAAAGUAUGGAUACAAAGGUGAAGGUUGUGAAGAGCUGGUUAUAUUCAGCUGAAGCAUCUCCUAGAAUUAGUGUAGCUUACUCUGUCGAUGAUUGGCGGAGGAGGUCUUGCGACUCUGAGAGCUCAAUUUAUGAGGCAGUUCUUCAUUGCAAAAGAUCCAUUGAGGAAUAAAUGGAGACCAUUGUACAAAAGAAAAGUAAAAGAAGAAAAGUUAAAGAAAGAAUAGAAGACAAAUGAGAAAUGUCCAUAUUCACAUGGGAAGACAGAAACCAAGAGGAAUAAACAAAGAUCAGCAGCCACUUGUUUUUUUUUUUUUUUUUCCCUUUCUCUCUUGCUGUGAGGAUAAUGUAAAUUAGGUUCAUAAUGGAGGGAAACUGUGUGGAUGGUCGGCCAUGGAAAUUCUUGCCAGCCGAGGGAGAAAAAGAAUUGAAGACAAAUUAAAUUUGAUUUUUUGUCUUUUUCUUAUAUGGAGGAGAGGUACUAACUACAAAUAUUCUCGUCCUUGUAUCUGUAAAGUUAUAUUUAAUGAGUUGAGGAUUUUAUUCUAUUCAUGGAAUAUCUCCAUUAUUUUCUUC